GGUGCUUUUAAUAGGCAAGGUGCAGCAUUCAAUGAGAGCUAGAGAAACCAAAUUAAGAGUUUGGAUUAUCGCUGAAACAGGUGGUAGUAUUUGUACUGCGCAUUGUACUUGCAUGGCAGGUCUUGGGGAAGUAUGUAGCCAUGUUACAGCAGUUUUGUACGCUGCAGAGCAUGCAGCAUAUUUGAAGCAGCAGAAAAAUGAAAAGAAUGUAGCGUGUACAGAUGUCAAAUCAACUUGGCCAGUUCCAACGCAAAGUGGUACACAUCCAAUAGAAGCUGCUUCACUAGACUGGGGGAAAGUGAUAGAAGAAAAAAAUUAUAAGGAAAUUCCUCCAAUGGAUGAUAGCGAAAUGUUGGACUUGCUGCAAGAAUUGCAAAAUUCCAAUUGUGACGCUGUUUUGAUGAGGCAUGUAGAGCCAUUUGCGUCACAACUGUCAGAUGAAAAUAAUGAAAAAGUUAGUAUACCAGUCCUUUUUAAUGUGUACCAUAAAAAAUAUGAAAAAAUGCCUCUAGAUGAUCUCAUUCAACUAGGUAUGAAAUGUAAAAUGGAGGUAACCCAGAAUAUACGAAGAGAAAUAGAAGAUAAGACACAGGACCAAAGGAAAUGUGCAGAGUGGUAUAGACAAAGGACUGGUAGAGUAACAGCUUCAAUUUUUAAAGAUGUCUGUAGAACCAAUGUGGAGAAACCAUCCCUAUCUUUGAUCAAAUCAAUAUGUUACCCUCGCAAAAUUUCUACAAGGGCAAUAAGAUGGGGGAUAAAUCACGAACAGCUGGCAAUUGAUGCUUAUAAAAAAGAAACUAGCAGGAAUCAUAGAGACUUUAUAGUGAAUACAAUUGGCUUGGUAGUGUGCAUGAAAUGGCCUCAGUUAGGUGCCUCACCUGAUGGAUUUGUGUAUUGUGACUGUUGUGCUGCGGGUACCUUAGAAGUAAAGUGUCCAUUUUCUCUUCGAGAAAAUGGAAAUUUACAGGAGUAUGCAAGUCGAAAGGACUCCUGUCUUGAAUGUGAUAAAACUGGUACAGUAAAAAUGAAUAAAAAACAUAAGUACUAUUACCAGGUGCAAGCACAAAUAUUUAUUUGUAAACUUAAUUAUUGUGACUUUGUUGUCUGGUGUCCUAAUUUUAUAUUUAUCGAAAGAGUUUUACCAGACAUAAAAUUUUGGGAAGAAAUUAAAGAUAAAGUCCUAAAUUUUCAUGCAAAAGUAAUUAUGCCUGAACUUUUAGGACGUUAUUACACUUCCAGAGUACCAGGUGGCAAUAUAACAAAGUGGUGUUUUUGCAAUAAUGUCGAUGAUGGCCAACCUAUGGUUCAAUGCUCAUAUGAGAAUUGUAAUAUUUUCUGGUUCCAUAUUGGGUGUGUAAAUUUAUUAGAAAAACCCAAAACUAGGUGGACAUGUUCAAUAUGCAACCAGAAACUAUUUCAUGAUUAUGCCACAUAAAAUUUUAAUGGUUCAUGUUUCCAUUAUUUUCAUAAUCAUUAUUGAGUCCAUUCACUCUCUUCUUCCAUUUCGCACUUUCUGCACCAUGGUUCAUUCACCUUACUUGUCACCAUUUCAGUGACCGUUUUCAUCUCUCGUUUAUUGAGGUUCAUGAAACUGUUUGAGUUUUUUAUUAAUAUUCUUGAUUAUUUUUUUUAUUUAGUCUAGACUUGAACUUGAGUGGUUCUCCUUUUCUAUUGAUUAUUCUUUAUCAGCCAUUUCUGAACCUCAUUUUUCGUAGCAUCAUUAGUGAUGCCACAGAAAGGUUCUGGACCUUCAAAAGUUUCCCUCGAGCCAUGUUUAUUCCAUAUAUACAUACAAAAGUACAGUGUACCAUAGUAUACAUAUACUUUUAAGAGGAAAUUUUGAAACUUUGUUUCCUUAAUAUUUUUACAAUUCAUUCUACGGUUGAUAUAGGUCAGUCUCCGAAACAUCAAAUAAAUACAUUCUUUUCAGUUUUCAUAUGAUUUAUUUUCAUUAAAAUUGUCACAAAUUUUUUAUUAAUAUCAAAAUACAAAAACAACCAAUGAGGUGUACAUAAAUAAUAUACGCUAGCCACAGUCAUUAUUGUAAGAAUGCUACUUAAAGUUAAAAUUAAAUCAUUUGAAUGCAAAUUAUUGUCUGGAAUUGUUGAAUUCUGGACAUUAUUUUCGUUCUAGUUGAACACAUUUUUUGCAAUUUUUUUAUGCAAUCAUUAUGUUACUACAUGAUCUCUUGCUCUUGUAUUGGCUUUUAAAUUGUUAACUGUACUUAGUUUUUUACAAACUUAAUGUCUGUAUUUUACAUUUCUCAAUGGUUCGUUUCACUAGCUGCUUUACUUACAACUUGCUAGUUGCAUUGCUUUUUUUCUAUGGAUGUUUGUUAUUUAUCAAACUCAUUUGUAGAUGAACUGGUAAUGUUCACUAAUUAGUGAACAAAAAUGUCUUCAAUAAAUAGAUGAAGUAGCCGAA